AAUCUCAGUCGCAGUACCUCGCGCAUCGUGCAGUGGGUCUGGAUAUAUGUGCUGACGUCACCUUGGGGUCCAACAGCUGCUGAAGCAACAACGAAGACGUAUCAGACAUGAAGUUAUCAUUUCUCUGCCUUUUAUUUCUUCUCGAAGUCUCAGGACAGCAGUUUAAACCUGGUUGUACUCGGCCUACGCUGGUGAACGGGAGGAUCAAAAUCCGUGCUAGGGGGAAAAUGAUUCACUUUCGCUGCCGGAAACGCUACACUCGAUAUGGAGCCAAGUACGCCUUCUGUAUGCAGGGAACCACGUGGAGUCACCCCCCACCACUGUGCAUCGCACGAGGAUGCCCUCCCAUUACUAAUUUACCGAACACACAAAUCAUCGAGUCAUUCAGCGGCGCAUUGUAUAAAUUCCAGUGCGCAGUUGGACUGAAAAGAUCUGGACCGGAAGUGAUAACAUGCGACGGAAAGAGAUGGAGUGACGACCCUCCAACGUGCUCAGCCAGCUUGAGUUUCAAGUGUGAUUUUGAAGAUUCCAACCUUUGUGGGUGGAGUCAAGGAAGCAAGGAUGAUUUUGACUGGAUACGAACAUCAGGAGUGACGCCUACGAUGAAUACGGGCCCACAGUUCGAUCACACGUUUAUGAACGCAUCACUUGGCCACUACAUGUUCAUAGAGAGUUCGUCACCACGAAACAGCGGCGACAAGGCGAAGCUUAUCUCCCCUGCGUAUCCCGCCAAGCUGAGUGAGAUGUGUGUGGAGAUUUGGUACCACAUGCUCGGACCAGACGGAGAGGACGCUGUUGGCAGUCUGGAGGUGUAUGUCAAACCUGUUAGCAUGGACACCUUAGAUGACAUAUCACCGGACUUCUACGUCGCUGGUAACCAAGGCAACCAGUGGCAUCGUGGAGUGUUCAAGAUUGAGUCGCAAAACGAAGACUUUCAACUCGUCGUCGUCGGUACACGGAAAGACGCCUUCGUCAGCGACAUCGCCAUCGACGACAUCCGCCUCUACAACUGUUCUGAAGAUACAACGACUACGGCAGCAACAACAUACACAACGGCUACAACGCACAUGCCAUCGACAAGCGAAAUAACUAAGUCAUUAGUGACAACUAACACUUCUCUCGGAUCUACGUCAUCACAGACGUCCACCCCAACAAAACGAAGUACAACUACGACUUCUUUCUCAAAUAUAAAAACUACAGUAGUGUCAACAGUGCCAUCAACACCAACAACGUCGAAGUCAACGACACUGAAAACAACAUCAACUACGACAUCAGCAACUUCAAAGACGACACCAUUAACAACCGUAAUUACUUCCACAACGGCAACUACAAAAAAGCGCAGUGCAACAGGUUCAGCAACGUCUACAACUUAUUCCCUUUCAGGAAAGACGAAAACUACAACGGUCACCAUUUUGAAUAAAUCAACACUCUAUACAACAACAAAUCAUGUGACAACCAAAACCACUGACACUGCUAAUGUCACAACGAUGUUAUCCGUCAGCACUUCUGAGCCCACAGAACAGUUCCAAGACAGUACACCCGAUGCCAAUACAACGCGUGCAAUCUCCACGACAGCACCUACAUCCACAUCAACAUCACCGAAAUCGUCUAUAAUAAAUAAUACAAUGACAACCAGUUUUAAUACAAAUACAACCGCGUCAUACUCGACUGCCAAACGGCCAACUGCCAAGACAACAAGCGGCUCCAAUGCCUUGCCUAGCAAAGAACCAAAACAAGAAACAAAUACAACGACAUUUAGAAACGAUAUCGUACCAACAGUUCUUAGCAGUGUGGGUAAGCCUAAAAAUCUUAUACAUAGGUUCAUUCCGCUGAUAAUUGGUAUAUCGUGCGGUAUCGCCGUUGGUAUGGUUGUUAUAGGGAUUUUAGCGUACCUGUGGACGCGACACCAACGAAGGAAAAAGACCAAGGAAUUGGAAGACGAACUUAUGAUAAUAACCACGGCGGACGGAGGGUACUACAAUCAAAGUUAAAUUUGUUGCUGAGACUAGACUAAAACUGAGCCUAAUAGAUCGAUGUCUGUUACUUCCAGGUGUAAGAGUUGUUGAGCAGUUUCGUACCACAGACCUACAGAAAACAGAUAUUCGCUACAAGUGGAAAUAUUGUAUUUGUUUUGUAUUUUAGGCACAUUUUUAAAAGAAAAGUUCCAGAAUUGAUGCGGCAAUGAGAUGAAUUUCACAGAAAAUGUUGGUAUAUUUGAUACCGAAAUAAGGAGCAUAUUCAACUUGAAAUCAGAAUGCACGUGCUAGUUCAUGCGCGAUCGCAUUUUGGCUGCAAAUGCGGUUUUACGUCAUAGCAAGAAAAUCCCGGCAAAAAUCGACGUCAUACCGCGGGAAAUUAAAAAGAAAAAUGUUGAUGCGCGAGGUCAAAAUUGACGCGCGUGCUGACCAGAGACCAGAAAUUUAUUUUGUUUGGCCUCAACACAACAUUUACAAACUGAAUAUUGAAAUACACUGUUUAAAACAUGGCGCUGUGAAAAGAGGUGACAAACAACAGCUUAUAUGGCUGGGUUUCUUGUCUGGUGUUACCAAACCUAGUGAAAGACGACAAGAAACAGUCUGAAACACGGUGUUUCAUGUUUAAUGAUAAUCUGACUGCAUUUUGGUUGUAAAGUGUAUUGGUGGGCUGCCACAGAUAUUGUGGGCAACUGGCCGUAAUAAACAUCGAUCUAUAUUUGAAGCUGCAGUAAUGUUUGUAUCAGAGUGUGCUCUUUUUAACAUUAGCUAAUCCACCCAACUCGACUUAUAGUCCAUCAGCCAGACCAUCAGAGGACACCAAACAAAACUGUUAUACAUGUUUUAGUACACCACAGGACAAAACAAAAACGAAUGAUGAACUUUUCGAUGAGGUAGCUUUACCUAGGUAUCACACUUUUUAUCAUUUAUCAUUCAGGUGGUCGAAAAAUCUGAUAAAUUCGUGUUUUAGUGUUUUCUAAAGCACUUAUAAACCUUGUAGAUCGGUGCCCACAAUGUUCUUUGUGAUUUUUGUAUCUUUCGUAAGUGCUGAUUAAGGAUCCGAGAGGUGUAAUGUGGUAUCCUUGAACAUUUUGAAAUAUUCAAGAUGACGUCCAAGAUGGCUGUUAAAACAGAACUGGAAACAUCUCAAAUACUUUAUUAACAAUGACGAAACUGUUGAUGUUCAUGAACUACUCCCAGCUAAUCAAGACAUUCCAACAUUAUUUACACCCACGAUGGCUACCACUAUAGUAGUCAGAACAAGAACAUUGAAAUGUAUUUCAUUUUACAUCAACUAUAGCAAGACUGUAAAGUUAGGAAUUGAGUAUUUUUAUUCACCAAGGAAUACGUUUACAACAUAUUCUGAGAUAUUGCAUUAUCACUUAAAUCCAAGAUGGCCCCGAAAAUAGUCGUUAGAAGUAAGAAGUAGCUAUAUGUUACAUUCUAUUUUACCCCAAACAAUAUUUUUUACUUCAAAUACAUGGUCUUAUAGGGGGUAUUUUUCAGAAUUCAAGAUGGUUAACAAAAUGGCUGCAAAACCAAAGAAAUGCGUUAUAUUCAUUAACAGAAACAAUCUUUUUGAAACCAAUUGCUAAGUUUUGAGGGUGUUCAAUCCAUUAAAAAUACAUUUAUAUCUACAAGUAAAGUUUUCUAAAAUGUCAUCUAAAAUAAUAAUUCUUAUGCUGGCCUCUAUGUCUUAAGGGUUUACCAAUCGUUUUUUAAACUAUCUAGGAGAAAUGUUACAUCAUAUAGACCAAGUCUAUAAUGCCAAUCUGGCUGCGAUAAAUGGGCAGGUUGUAGUCUAUAACUGAUGUUUUGGUAAAAACUGUGAAAUCAGUUUUUAUCAUUCCCAUUUUCUGUCUCUUGAUAAUGGAUACAUACAUAUAUAAUAUAUAUGUACUUCAUCACUACAUUUUAUUGACCAUGACAAUUUGCCUCGUCAGACUCGUCCAUCAAGUUUUCUCUCCGUAAGAUUGUAAUGUCUAGUAUAUAAAUCCGGUUAUUCCGUUAUACGUAUACUGUUUUACCAAAACGAGUUGCCAUAUCAAAUAUAAAAAAAGAAUUGCUGCCUAGCAAAAAUUAUUGAUUUUGAAUAUACAUCAUCCAAUCUUAGUUGGCCUAACAAUGCACAGACAUAAAAUGCAUCACCUUGAACACCAACAUUACCCAGUGGGCUAAAUUUGGUUAAAGAGCUGCACUGAAUCGGACCAUUUCAGAGGGUGCAUGGUUAUGCUCCAUGUGGAAUAGUUACUUGUGGAAGUGACCUAAAGCUUCGUAUUUUCACCAAUCAACGUCUGUACCAUAUAAAUGUAGCAUUCCUGGUGACUCGUUCAUAUCAGCAUCGAAGUCCUCAGGUUUAACAGGUUUAAAUGCUUCAGGCCAAAUUUUGGUAACUCUUGCUUUUGUAACCCUUUAUAUUAUAGCAGCAUUAUUACAGCCUGGAAGGUCAUGGGUCAUCAAAUCAGAAGCAACCUUUUUCAUUGCUGUUUCCCAUUGCCAGUAGCUCUAUCAUUUGGACAGAAAUCGGAAGAAGCAUAUCUGAAAUUAUGCAAAUAAUUCGGUGUAGCUUUCAAUAAACAAUACCAACUUUUGAAUGAAAACUGUAGCUGUCAUGGAACAAAUGCUAAAACAGUGCAAUCAUUUUAAUCCUGGUAAUAAUUAGCCACUAAGUUCAUUUGGUGAUGGCCGAUCAUUUCCAGGUAUACUAGUAAUUUGCAUGUUAUGGUGACAAAGGUUGGCGUCACACGAUUAUACAUUAUGUUAGAUAAAUUGUCUUGGUUGACACAAUGCAAGGAUAACGUAUAUAUCAGUUACAUAGAGAUGGAACAUGAGAAUGCUAAAACUAUAAGCGAUGACUCAAAGGUUCUAAGCCUAACUAUGAUAUAUUACGCUGACGGAGUUUGUUGUUAUUAGUUUAAUCCCCUCCGCGGUUUACACACUGCUGCCAACGAUGCUCGAGUGCCUGGAUCACACUAGUGUUGCAGGUUUCCUCCUGGUGGAUUACGGAGGAUGAUGAAUAAAUUCAAAGCAGCCAUGACAACGGCAGGUGCUUAGGUGUAUUGGAACCAAGCGUGCUGAAAAAUUUGUUAUACCCAAUUUAUUCCUUAACUGUCUCACGAGAAGUGCCUGCUGUAUUGGCUAUGUGAUGUGUGGUGAGUCUCGAGCAUCCUUGUAUUUUAUUAGCAUUUUCUUUAGUAGUGUCAGCUGAAGAUUUCCCUGGUCUUGGAUAAUUUUCGACACUCUAUUCUGCUCUUGAACUCCACUGCCCACCUCUUAACUGUUAACAGUGAUAAAGGAAGGAUCCUCAUCUCUAAAGGUUGAUACCAAUGCUGCAUGGAUUCAGUUGGAGAUACUUGAUAACAGCGUAGAAGCCAGUUUUGUCCAUUCUUUUUAUCUACAGAGAAUAUCUAGUCACUUUGAAGACUGUAGAGAUAUGCUUCACGAUUAUGUAUUUGGAUCAAAUGCAGCAUAUUAGCAUAAAACAUAUUGUAUGUAAUACAUGCAAACUGUUAUGUGUGUACAAUACAUAAUUCGUAUAAACACUAGUAACUGGUGACUUGCGUGCAUAUGCCCAUUUAUCACAGCAAUGUUGGCAUUGUGAACUAUUUCAUCCAUAUCAAAGGAUUGGUUUACCUUUAAAACGUAGCAGUUGGUUUCAAAAUGAUUGUUUUAAGUGAUACUUAACAUAUUGGAUUCAUGUAAUGAUAAAAUGUAUCUGUAUUGUAUAAGUGAUUACCAGAAUUGAAAUGCUUUCCGUAUGAAAAAAACCCAACAACAUGUAUUUGAAGUAUAAAUUAUUUUUUGGGGAAUAUAUGUAGAAUGUAAGAUAUGGCCACUGCUUACUGUUGGCGGCCAUUUUCAUGACCAUCUUGGAUUAAAAUAUCUUCCCAGUUGAUGUAAAAUGCGAUAAAUUACGAUUUCCUUGUUA